AUGCCCCGCACUUCUUCAAUCGAUUCUGCUAUAUCGUCUCUCUCGUCCGCUUCCCAACCCCAUAAGUUGUCGUUCGAUGCCAACGCCUUAAGCCAAGCAGACAUUGGAAACCUCAUUGCUACGGCAGGAUCAGCAGAGGCGGUGAUCGUACAUCUUCUGAAGGAAAAGCAUCAUGCAGCAUCUCAAAAUUCACAGCUUUGGAGGCUGGUCGAUAAGCAGCGUACCCUCAUCCUUGGGCUAAAUAAGGAUCUGGAUCGUGCCUUGAAGGAUAAAGAACGGUACAAGAAGAAGGUGAAGGAGCUACAGAACUCCAUACCGCCGGUGCCAUUGGUGGGUGCUCAAGCAGUACAUGAUAGAGCCACUAGAAGUAGUGACGAAGUAGCUGUCGGCCAAGGCACGUCCGGAAAGACACAGACACGAGACCGAGAUGUCUCUGCGGUCUCUGACUCGGAUACCAAGGGCCAUUUGUCUAACUUGUCACUUGCUGAUAGAAACAUGGAAUCAUUGGCCACCAACUACCUGGGAGAGCCUGACCAACAAAGAGAGUCGCAAACACACCAAUCGCUAAUGUCCCCACAGCAAGAGCUAUCAAUGGGGGGCUCGCGAUUCGCAAGUGCUAUUUCCACCACGAAUGACCUAAAUUCUGGUGGAACUAAGCGACAAAGCCUCCCUCAUCCAGUCCGGAAACCUCCCCCUGCGCCGCUGAACCUUGGUCAGCCAGAUCGCCCUCGUGUAGAAUGUCCAGUUGAUUUAGACUCUGAGUCUGAGUAUGAGGAUAUACUGGCUGUGGAUGGUUUAUCAGAGGAACGUGGCCGAAGGAAAACGAGAGACGACGAUGACCGAGAGCGCGAGACAGCAUUACACAAAGAAAUACCGACUUUUGAACUGCCUUUAAAGGAAACAAACGAAUCAGCAUCAACCUCCGGAAAGCCUCAGAAAAGCCCACACGGUACGACGGGCCUUGGCCCAGAAGUAGUGCCACUAAUUGAACAAUCCGAAGAGACUCCUCGCGCUGCUCAUGCGCCCCCUUUAACUUCUCAUCCAGGCAUUAUGGUUUCAAAAAUCCCUGGCUUACCGUUAAGUCCAAGGCCAGAAGACCGUCCCCCCGGGUCACCGCUACCUAGGAUGCCGAGGGAAAUAUCUAGUUCUUUGACUUCCUUGCCAAUGUCAUCAGGAGGCAACCUCUCCGGUCUAGCCCUGUCACCCGGAGUUGGCCAAUAUCCGAAUCUUUUUCAACCUGGUGGUCCCACUUCUACCGCUUCCAGAACUGGAAACCGUACAGUGCCUUCAAGUGAUGCCGCGCAAAUUGAUAGUCUCCAGUCACCAGCGUCAAGGACCUACAGGAUCUACCAAGGUUUGGUAUCAGAGGAUUAUCCAGGCCUGCUUUUGCCGCCAAACGCCAUUCCUUUAAUUCGGGUGAAAGUGUCAUCAUCUCGACUUCGGCCUUCUAGGACCAGCUACACUAUGCCUAGACCAUCAGAAGAGGAGCCUGUUUUUACACUGGGUGUCUUCUCGCGGUCAGACGGUGCAGAACUCUGGCGCAUCGAAAAGGUUAUUGCUGCCCUUCCACAACUCGAUCAACAAGCAAGACAACUUUCGACCUUUGGUGUAAAGCUGCCUGAUCGGUCCAUCUUCAACGGCCAUUCUCCUGCGAAAGUUGACUCCAGGCGUGCCGCUUUAAAUUCUUAUUUUGACGCACUCCUCGAAACACCCAUGGAUGAAAAGACAGCCCUAGUUAUCUGCAAGUUCCUCUCGACCGAUGCAAUCGAGCCUCGAGACGAUGAAACAAGCCUGCUUAAAGGUAACAACCAAGCUGGGUCGGAGACAUGCAGCCCAGAUGAGAGGCCUCGGAAAGAAGGAUAUUUAACCAAACGGGGGAAGAAUUUUGGCGGCUGGAAGGCGCGGUAUUUCAUUCUGCAUGGCCCUGAGCUUAAGUAUUUUGAGUCGCCAGGUGGCCCUCAUCUCGGAACCAUCAAAAUUUACAAUGCUCAAAUUGGCAAGCAAUCUCAGAGCGCAAAUGGGCAAAACGGCUCCCCUUUGAGGGCUGAAGAUGAUGUUGAUAACCAAUAUCGCCAUGCUUUUCUCGUUUUGGAACCAAAAAAGAAAGAUUCUUCAGCACUCGUUCGACACGUGUUGUGUGCUGAGAGCGAUGAAGAAAGGGAUGCUUGGGUCGAGGCGCUCCUAGAGUAUGUUGAGGGACAAUCUGAGAAUGAGGGCUCUAAUAAUGGAUCUUCGAAAGGGCAAACUCAAGCCCUUGGCAAGCAGACAGUCAGCUCAGCCCUCAAGCCCAAGAUAUCUUCGAGCGGAAGUAAGAAAGGGGGUAAAGGGGUCGAGGAUCCGGAUAUGGAAAGACCUGAUACAGUUCAAGGGUUUAGUUAUGAUAGCGCUACCCCUGCUGAACCGCCUGUUUUUGGCCCUUCUUUUGAGCCGAGAAGCCCCAUUUCUCCUUCACUUACCCCAGGGUUGUUAACGGAUUCUGGAGAUGCAAAUCAGAUGGCAGACCCAUCUCCAGACUCAAGUCAGCCAUCCUCUAGACUCAUCUCUGGUCCCACCAACGGUGCAGUUAUACAGGAUGCCGGAGCUUGGGGCAACAAAGCAAUUAGUAUUGCCAAAGAAAAAAAACGAAGCAUUUGGGGAUUCCGCACUAGAUCCUCGAUCGAUCUUGCCUCACAGCUCCAAGCCAGCCAUGAUAUCCAAUCAGCACAAACCCACAACAAUGUCUUGGGGGAUAGAAAAGAAUUUGUGAGGCCAGUGUUUGGGAUCCCAUUGGCUGAAGCGGUCCAAUUUUGUGCACCACAGGGUGUUGCCGUUGAGCUACCAGCUGUCGCUUAUCGUUGCAUAGAGUAUCUCAAAGCCAAGGACGCGGCGUCAGAAGAAGGGAUAUUUCGACUAAGUGGCUCAAAUGUCGUUGUCAAAGCUCUCAAGGAACGUUUCAAUACUGAGGGUGAUGUUGACUUCCUGGCUGGGGAUCAGUACUAUGACGUACAUGCCGUCGCAUCUCUUUUCAAGCAGUACCUGCGAGAGCUUCCAACAACUGUCCUCACUCGUGGACUCCAUUUACAGUUCCUCCGUGUACUUGAGCUUGAUGAACGACAGCAAAAGAUUGUUGCAUUCAACUCGCUUGUUCACAUGCUCCCAAGGCCAAAUCUGGCAUUGCUAAGAGCACUGGUCAAUUUCUAA